CUCAAAGGAUCAAGAAGGAAGCAAAGGGGCCGUUUUAGAAAUCGGAGGGACUGGGGGCUCCAACGUUUAACAAGACGAUCUAAUUGAAAACUGCAAGGAUGAUCGCCACCACGCAACAGAACAUGACCACAGACCUGCAGGACAUGGGGGGUUCAGGGGGACCGCCGCGAAACUGGAAGGGCAUUGGGAUCGCCAUGGUGGUGAUUCUGGGGGUCCUGUCACUGGUCAUCCUCGCUGUCAUCAUGCUGACCCCUGAGGAGUCCCGGCUCUCUCUCCUGUCCCCCCUGACUGUAGAGGACUUGGAGGCUGAGGAGUUCAAAGUUCACGACCCCUGUGAGACCUGGCUAAAUGAGAACGAGGUGGCACUGCGCAACCGGGCCGGAUCCGUGCUGAAACACAGCCUCCACCUCAACCUCACCUCCACCCUGCUGGACAACUCCACCUUCGACCUGAAAGCCGUCAAGUUCCAGGUGUCCACCGACCAGAGGUUUGUCCUGUUGGCCUACGACAUUCACCCGGUGUUCUCUCACUCCUACACAGCCUCCUAUGUCAUCUACAAUGUGAUCACCGGAGAUUUAUCUGCUCUCAAGCCACCUGAGAUGGAAGCUGCUGUUUUGCAGUAUGCUGCCUGGGGACCCCAAGGGAACCAACUAGCCUUUGUCUAUGAUAACAACAUUUACUACCAGUCUGAGGUGUCAAGCGGGCCCCUUCGACUCACAUCCUCUGGCAGGCAGGGCCUGGUUGUCAACGGAGUGACUGACUGGAUCUAUGGCGAGGAGGUGCUGCAAACAUACCCCGCCCACUGGUGGUCCAAGGAUGGAGCUCGGUUGGCUUACCUCACCAUCAACAAUUCAGCCACACCCUUUAUGGAGAUACCUCACUUCCUGGGCGGGGGUUAUCCUGCCAAUAUGUUCUACCCGUAUCCGAAGGCUGGUGCCAACAUUCCCUCAGUGGGGCUCUUUGUCGUCAAUCUCUAUGGCCCUGCCCACACCUUGGAGAUGAUUCCUCCAGACUCAUUCAGGACCAGGAACUACUACAUCGCCAUGGUGAAUUGGAUCAGCAGCACACGGCUCGCUGUGCGCUGGCUGAACAGGCCUCAGAACCAAUCAGUGCUCUCCGUGUGUGAGGCCACGACCGGGGCGUGCUCAGAGAAACACAAAAUGGCCGUGGACGUUUGGCAGGACCAGAGGCAGGAGGCGCCAUUGUUUUCUGGAGACGGGUCUGUGUUCUACAUGACUCUCCCCGCCAAGCAAGGCGCUCGCGGCGAGUUCCGCCACAUCGCUGCUCUACCUGUUCAGCCUGCCGUUCCCUCGGUCCCCCCUCGCUUCCUGACGUCAGGAAACUGGGACGUCACAUCUUUAUGCGCCUUGGACGAGGAAAUGGGUAAAAUAUAUUUCCUGAGCACAGAAGAGUCCAGGCAGAGCAGACAUUUAUACAGUGUGGAUGUCGGGGGUGUGUUCCUGAGACAAUGUCUGACCUGCAGUCUGAUUGAGGGGUGCAGCUUUUUUGAGGUUCAGUUCAGCCCAAACCAAACUCAGUUCAUCCUCCAUUGUUUAGGCCCUGGGAUCCCUAAGGUUACCGUUCACAGGACAAAUGAUCCGUACAGAUACGUGGUGCUGGAGGAUAAUUGGCAUCUGUCUCAGGCCCUGGAGGGAAAGCGGGUGCCAGAGACACAGUUCCACACCCUCUCAGACGUGGACUUCGAUCUUCACCUGAAGAUGGCGCUACCCCCAGGGUACGAGAGCAACCUCCACCCACUCCUCCUCAUUGUAGACGGUGUGCCAGGCAGCCAGGCGGUGACAGAGGAGUUCUCACUGGGCUGGCCGGAGGUCCUGAGCAGCACCCACGGGGUGGCGCUGGCCUGGGUGGACGGCAGGAAUGGGGUCACACGGGGGCAGAAGUCCCCUGCUCUCGACCCUCGGAAACUGGGCUCCCUGGCGGUCAAGGACCAGCUGGGUGUCGUUGAGUGGCUUAUGCAGUUGCCUUACAUAGACCACAGACGGAUCGCUCUGUAUGGGAAGGCCUUUGGUGGCUAUUUAACCCUAAAGAUGCUGUCUGCUACAGACAGGCUGUUCAAGUGUGCAGCUGUGAUGGCUCCCAUAACAGACUUCCGGCUAUAUAGUGCGGCCUUUUCCGAGAGGUUCCUGGGUCUUCCUGCCAAAGAAGAGAGCUUCUAUACGGCAGCGUCAGUGCUAGAGGAAGUGCACAAGCUGAAAGAUGAGAACUUCCUGCUUCUACAUGGCACUGCUGACACGCGGGUACACUUCCAGCACAGCGCGGAGCUGCUCAGCCGCCUGGUGAAGAUGGAGGCCAACUACUCCCUGCAGCUGUACCCGGACGAGGGCCACGUCCUGAGAGAGGAGAGCAGCAGGCAGCACUGCCAGCGCAGGCUCUGCCACUUCUACCAGGCCUGCCUGCAGUACUUCCCCUACGCCUCUGAGCCAGAGCCCGAGGAGGACGACUACUGAGGCCCCCCUGCGCCCGCUAACUCCCCCACGCUAACGCCUCCCCUUCCCCAAACCACCUGAGGGCCAAGAGGAUGCCUAUGAACCCCCCCUGCACCCGCUAACUCCCCCACGCUAAUGCCUCCCCUUCCCCAAACCACCUGAGGGCCAAGAGGAUGCCUAUGAACCCCCCCUGCGCCCUCUAACUCCCCCACGCUAAUGCCUCCCCUUCCCCAAACCACCUGAGGGCCAAGAGGAUGCCUAUGAACCCCCACUGAGCUCACGAACUCCCCCACGCUAAUGCCUCCCCUUCCCCAAACCACCUGAGGGCCAAGAGGAUGCCUACUGAACCUUCACUGGACUCAGACACUGCACCAGAUCAGACUGUCCCAGUGAAGGACAAGGGAAGCGGGGGCGCUGGGCGAAAAUGGAAAAUUCUGCAGAUGAAAUUGAAGCACUCGCCACUCACGCCAGAACUUUCAGAAAGGGGGCCUCUCCCCUCUGUUGAUUUUUUCUUUCUUUCCACAUCUGAUAUCAGAGACCCAGCCAGUUUACUUUAGUGUUCUGUAGGAUUCGGCCUGGAGCAUUCCCAUAUUGGCCUGUAGUGAAACUAUUUUUUGUUGCAGGGGUGUCCUGCAGGGCGUCAGAUGUUUCCCUCUCUCUCCCCUUGUUCGCCUCUGGUCUCUGGUAUGUGUCUGGUAUGUACCUUAUAAACAAGUUCUGGGGCAGCUAGUGGAUGCUUGGGAUUCAAGAUUGCCUUUUAAAAAAGACUGCCGCUUGGAUGCCUGGCUUGGGCCAGUUCAGAAAAGAACACCCUUAGGAAUGCAGGGCGCUCUCUUUUCUGCCGGCUGAGAAUCAGCCUAUUGUGCAAAAUGAAUGGAUACUUUUUUAAAUGAUUAUUAUGAGUAUUAUUUGUAUUGCUGAACACAUGGUUCCACCUCUUUUGCUGUAUUAACAAGCAACCUCACUCCUCCUUGCAUUUUCGUAUUGCCAAUUUGUAUGUCUUAUAAAGGCCAAUGAGACUCUGAGCUUGUUUCUUCCCUGGAAUGAAGAAAGAUUUCCCCCAAAGUUUUCACUUCACUGGAUUGUGAAUGCGUAUGUUAAUACAGGUUUAUUGCAUGUUUGACAAUAUUUCUGAUCUGACUUCUUUAAAAGAAUUUGAUUUUUUCCUCAUUGAAUCUUGUAACCACUCAUAGUGUAAUAUCCCACUGAAAAAAAAAAAUUCUUCUGCCUAAAGAUAAAGUCAUUUAAUUAUGUUACAUUCCACUGAAACUGACAAAUCAAGAUACCGAGCAAUAAAACAAGAUAUUUGAGUGCUACCGAGAGUGUACGUUGAAAGUCAGCCUCUUUUUCACUCCUUAUCUUUGUCAAAAGUAAAGAAGGCUUUUAUUUUCCCUUUGCCUUGCAAAUGUGAAAACUCAAUAACUGCAAAAAUAGACUAAUGUUGCACCUGCUCAAUACUUCAUGUUCCAGAAUGCACUAGAUUGUAGUUCCACACACUCCCCUCCCAGCCUGCGUCUUCUCUACCAACGCCAUGAAAACGUGGUGAGGUGCAUGUUGUUUGUAAAUGAAUGCCCUUAAGCCUUUAAGUUCAAUUUGUUUUUUAUUCUCCUUUAAAGAAAUAUGAAGAUAUGUGAAUGUGUUUUUUAAAAUAAAGUAUUGUCUUCUUUGGUUUA